AACAUUGCUUUGUUUUUUUCACUCUCUGAUUUAGUUAGGAUCCUUUUAGUUUUCAUUUUCGUUUUUGUGGUACCAUAUGGGGAAUUUCUACCAGCUUCGGUUUCAUUGAUUAUUGUGCAACCUCGAUAAAAUGGAUAGAAAACAGCUGUGUACCCGUAAGUACGCAUCGCUUUUGGAAGACAAAAUGGAAUGCUACGAGAUGUACUUGCGAAGAGACAGUGUGGACGUCUGGGAUACUAGCGGUCACCUGCACUAUGGCCGCGUGGUGGACGUCGCGGAUAAUGGACUCUUUAUCGACUUCCUCUGUCCCGAUCGCCGACGUGAAUUGACGCCCUUCCACCGUGUCUUCAAAAUGCUCGCGCCGCUGCAUGAGUGGCGAGACUGGCGACCGUAUAAGCCUCAGUCGGUGGAGGUGCUGCUGCGUCCCAGUCCCCGCGGCCCAUGGACUUGGAUGCCCGCCCACUUGUCCCUUAAACAGCGUCAGGAAUGCGACUGGCCCGGGGAGGUAGGUGUGGUGCAUCUGCUGACCGCCGAGAGCGUGGCUGAGGGGCCCCUUCAUGUGGUCCCGCCCCAACGGCUGCGCCAACCCUUCUGCGACCUGGUCAGCGCCAGCGGGCCACGGAGUGAUGCCGAGCUGCGUGCGUACUACGGACAUGAAUUCAAAUCUUGUGUCAUCCAUCCGGGGACGUUUUUCAAGGGACAGGUGCGCUUGACGGCACAGCUGGCGCUCUUAUCGGAGGAAAUGCAGCGCCAUCUACUGGACGAGUGGCGGGAUAAAGCAUUGGUGCCGGACUGUUCCAUCGAUCAUCCGUUAAUUCCUUUUGAGUUUGUCCAACGUAUGGAUGACGGCUGCACCUGGACGUACAUUGAACGCACGGACCGCCGCCAGGCGCGCUUCUAUCAAUUUGCUAGCCGCUUAGGGAAGGCUCUUCCUGGGAUGAUUUAUAAAACGCUGCGCCUGGCCACGGACACCGAUCCGGCGAAUGAUGAAAGCCUAAUGUGGCUGCCGGUAGAAUUGCUGCUGGAAGUCUUCUCGCACAUGGACACUAUGCAACAGACGCGGAUGCAUCGUGUGUGCAGCAGCUGGGCGGUCAUCCUGCAGUCGCCGGUGUUGACUUCCUUCCUCAUCAUUCCCCGUCCAAGCGAAAACCGUGCUGACUAUCCCCUCACCGCGUGCCUGGUUCACCUGUUGAAUUCGUCCAUCCAGCGCAUCAUGAUUCUUGGAGGCGAUAAGAACCGCGUAAAGGAGGCGAGCCAUGUCAUGAGAUUCCUGGCAUACCGCUGCGGAGCGCUCCGCUUAAAGGCUAUCUCUUUCGUCCGCCCAGGAUACACCCUGUUGUUGGAUCCAUAUCGAUAUGGCAUCCGCUGGCUAGGCGCCGGUCCCAGUGAAGUGCAGCGCUGGGAAAUGAAAAUUCCCAAAAGAUUAACACUGGCUCGGUCGGACCGUGUGGCUGGGAGCGGUGGUGAUGUCGCUGAUGUGGCAACGGAUUUGUGGAAUCUCGUGAAAAUGCAUACUGUGUGCUCGGAGGGCUGCGAUGACCGGGAGAAAGGCUGCGCGAGUUUGGCGCGAAUCCAAACCGAGUGGCAACGGCUUCAGAAUAUAGACCCGUUGUGUGAGACGAUUCUCGAGCUGGCUUCGGAUCCUGACUGUCGCGAUGCGCUGGGAGAUCUGCAAUUGGGCAACUAUUCAUCCUUCUUGAUGUGUAAGCUGGUUGAGUUCGUCGACAUCUUACAAUAUGCCGAAACCGGGUCGGAUGGAUAGUAGAUAGUUUGUCCUUUACGAAAAUCUCGGUUUGCCUGACGAUAGCUUCGCCUUUUAACAUCUUACAGUUUAAAACGCAAGCACUAUCAAAUGUUAGUUUUUAUGAUUUUUAUGCGCUGUGAAUAAUUUUAUCGGCUUUGAAAUUCCGGUGUCAUGCGGCGCGCGUUUGAACGUUUUUCAGUACGGUUUUAAUUAGGAAAUUUGAAAGGUUCUGCUACAGGCUGUUUCAACCAGAGAGAAGAAGCCAAUGAA